AUGAUGAAACUUAAAGAACUGGAGGCUUGGCUUCAAGAUAUUGAUGGGUUUCAAGUUCCCAAAGUACAGUUGGAACAAUAUGAAACUCCAGCUCACAUUGCAGCUCGCAUGGUUCAUACAAUGGAAUCUUCUUUUGGAGACUUAGAAGGAAAAGUUGUGGCAGAUUUGGGAUGUGGUUGUGGAAUGCUAAUGAUUGGCUCUACCCUGAUGGGAGCAUCAAUAUGUUUUGGGUUUGAUAUUGAUGAUAAUGCGCUAGAGAUAUGUCGUGAAAAUUUGGAAGAGAUGGAGAUAAUAUCUGCUGAGUUACUUCAAGUGGAUGUAAAAGACUUGGGAGCCCCACACUCACGAUUCCUAAAGUUCUUUGAUACUGUUGUCCUCAACCCACCAUUUGGCACAAAACACAACCAAGGAGCUGAUAUGGAAUUUCUUAAAGUUGCUCUUGACAUAUCCAAGACAGCAGUUUACAGCUUACACAAGUCAGCAACACGGACUCACGUGACUAAGAAAGCCAAUGACUGGGGUGUAAAGAUACAAGUUAUAGCCCAGCUCAGGUAUAAUCUUCCCAGUACAUACAAAUUCCACAAAAAGAAGUCAGUUGAUAUUGAGGUAGAUUUUAUUAGAUUAUCUCAUAAAUAGUAUUUUGCAUGAAAAGUUUUUAAACAUCUUUGCAGAAGAAAGCAAUACAGCUCCUCUGUGUUAAAUAUCUGUUUAUAAAAUUAAGAAGUCUUUUAAGUAUUUCUGAAAACUUUAUACCAGACAUCUUUUACCAUAGUCAAAUAAAAAUAAUAUACAGAAAAUGUU